AGAAGAAGUGUCGUAGCAGCAGGGUGUGUUUGUUUAUUUGUUUGAUUAAACUUUAAUAAACUUAAUAAAAACACUAAAUAAAAACCAUCUGAUCCCAAGGUAACUGAUCUGAGACCUGACAUCUGAGGACACUCUUCAUUACCGGUUUCAUUAACGGUAACGUUACCGUCUGCUCUGAGCCCCGAGAUGUACUACUAUCGCUAUGACAGCGGUGAGGUCAGCUGCUGCUACAAAUACCUGAUGUUCAGCUACAACAUCAUCUUCUGGCUGGCUGGAGUUGCCUUUAUUGCCGUUGGUUUCUGGGCAUGGAGCGAAAAGGGAGUCCUGUUGGAUCUGACCCAGGUGACUCGGCUGCAUGGCUUCGACCCGGUCUGGUUGGUCCUGGUGGUGGGUGGAGUCACCUUCAUCCUGGGCUUCGCUGGCUGUGUGGGAGCUCUGAGAGAAAACAUCUGCCUGCUGAAGUUUUUCUCCGGAGUGAUUGGAUUCAUCUUCUUCCUGGAGCUGACGGCAGCAGUUCUGGCGGUGGUUUUUCAGAGUCAGGUCAGAGAGUGGAUCAACGAGUUCUUUCUGGCAAACGUCAGAGCUUACCGAGACGACAUCGACCUGCAGAACCUCAUCGACUCUCUGCAGAGGAUGAACCACUGCUGUUGA